AUGCAGGUUUGUGAACCAGACUACUUGUAUACUAAGAGAACUAGCAAUUAUUUUUUGGUGCAGCUUCCGAGCCCGCAGUGCUGCUUUGAUAUUGUUUGUGAGUGUCUCAGUGUAAUUAGAUCUAUUUUGUUACAGUCAGGGGAUAUUGAAAUGAACCCUGGUCCAAGUACUGUUGCUGUGCUUGCCGAACUGAAAAAACUGUCCGCUGGCCAAACCACAAUAAUAGCAGACAUGCAGGGCCUUAAAGGCCAAUGUACGGCUACAAGUGCUGCACUCGUUGACUUAAGCAAGAGGUUAGCGGAUCUAGAGGGCCAUUAUCAGAAACUACUACCAAUGCAAAUCGAGAUACAGACCAUAAGGACGGAUACCGAGCAAACAGCAAAGCUUGUUCACACUCUGAAUGCCCGCGUUGACGAUGCAGAGAAUCGCUCAAGGCGAAACAAUCUUGUGUUUUACGGCCUUCCUGAUACAGCAGCAUCAGAAACGUCGGCCGCGUCUGAAGAAAUAAUUUUACGUCUAUGCUCAGAACACCUGAACGUGCCACUUGAACCUCAAGACAUAGAGCGAGCGCAUCGUGUUGGUCGCCAUUCUGCUAAUCACCCGCGCCCACUAAUUGUUAGGUUUAAUCAUUAUAAGAAAAAAGAAAUGGUGCUCUCAAAUGGGCGCAAACUUAAGGGCACUGAUCUCAGCAUGGGUGAGGAUUUUUCCCCGGCAGUUAGGGACGCCCGCAGGAAACUUGUUUCGUUUGCGAAAGCCAAAUCUGUGCCAUUUUCUUUGCGCUUUAAAACUCUUUUCAUUGGUUCGAAGCGCUACGUAUACGAUGACACAUCGCAAACAGUGAAAGAAAUAUAG